AUGAACGGAUUUUAUGUAUUCCUUCUAAUUUCCACCAUUUUUAUGGUGUCAAUUUUUGGAGCACCAACUUCAACAUCAAAUUCUGCUCCAUCGCAAACCCUUCUUCAAGAAUCAGCCUCUCAAAUUUCCGAACAACCUCGUUCAAAUCGUGUUCGUCGUUGGUUCCCUGGUGGUUUUGGCGGCGGUUUUGGUGGCUACAGUAAUUAUGGUGGAUACAGUAACUAUGGGGGAUAUAAUGGAUUUGGAGGAGGAUUCGGGCCUGGCGGAUUUGGUGGAUUCAAUAAUUAUGGAGGAGGUGGCAGCUAUGGGGGAUAUAGAAACUUUGGAGGAUUCGGUGGAUUUGGAUGGGGAAAAUAA